AGUUUAUGAGAACAGAAGAAGUGAAACUCUAAGAAAAAAGAAGUGUUAUUGCACAUGUAAGAUAAGUGGAGAGUCAGUCAUGUGCAUGUCAACUUCCGUGUUAAAGACUCAAAUGUAAGAGAAAAAAUACGUCUGCCUUUAGCAUUGAGACCGAAACCAUUUCAUCAUGACAGAUCUUCACAGCUGCUUCUUUGCAUCCUUGCUUAUCUUUCAUCUGUCAAUUAGUAAAUGUGACAUCUUAGUACAGUACUUUGAAGGCGAUAAUGCGACUUUGGCAUGCAAGUACAACAGUAAAUAUCAUGGAAAAUGUGAAAUAUGCUGGAUGAAAGGAAAUAUUCCCAAUAGCGGAUGCGGUGAUGAAAUUAUUGGAAGUGACGGUGAUAAAGUGGUGAGGAGAAAGUCGGACAGAUAUCAGAUGACAGGAGACAUUGAGCAUGGAGAUGUGUCGCUAACAAUCAUUAACAUACAGAAAAAAGACUCUGGCAAGUAUGGAUGUCGCAUACAUGUUCCUGGAUGGUUUAAUGAUGAGAAGAAUUACGUCAACUUGAUUGUUAAAGACGCACCUAUACAAACAACACAGAAAACUGCCUCCACGCCCAGCAGCACGUCUGAACGUGAAACCACAGAGAGUAUAUACACACCUGUGCCGACCACACAAGAAACUGUGGCGGUAACCACUAUUCCAGGCCAAAUAACCACUGAAACACACAGCACUUACCUGACAACAGACACAACACAAGAGAGUACUUCAGUCUUAAGCUCUUCAGGUUUUCCAGAGAGCACCACUACUGGACUGUGGCCCUUUAACACAACAUAUGACAACUAUAUUGAUGAGUCAUCCUCUAUGGAUAAAAUAGAGAGUGUGAACACAACAGCAAUUAUUGUGCCUGUUCUCCUGUUACUGUUGGCUUUAAUAGGCAUUGCCCUCGUUCUAUUAUGGAAGCAAAAGAGCAAACGCAGAGACAUAGCACAAUUAGCCCAGAACUCAGAUAACUCCGUCAUCUACAGUAACUCGGGCAGCACUGUAGGCCUGUACAACAGAGAGAUGGCGGUGGACAAUGUCUAUCAGAUAGAGUCUACUUAUGAACAGUGGCAUUAAAACGUGUGAUAUUUGUUGUUGAUCGGUGGCCUCCACUGUACUUCAUUGUUUUCUGUUUAUAUUGUACAAUUGCAGUUUGGAGAAAUGACUUGACUAACUUGGCUAACUUUUCUAGAGCUUUAGUCUUGUAAAAACUGAUCUAUAAGCCACAUGUAGUGGCUAACAUACUCAACACUAUAUUGUUAUUAAAACAUAUUUGAAGUGAACAAAAGUUUAA